UAAAUCAAUUAACAAAAAAAAAAAAUUGAUAAUCACUAAAAUAGUUAAAUGUGAUAUGAAAAUCUCAUAAUCUAAAAAAUUCUCUACAUUAACUUUGCACUGCCAUCAUAUUAUAAUCGAGAAUUUCUCACCUACACCAUUUAUAUUUUUGAAAUGAUGAAUACAAAAUAUGCAGUUGGAAAAUGCAGAACAAUGUGUCCUAAAGAUGAGAUGGAGAUGAGACAAAAAGAAAAAUUACUCCACUUAUUUGAAAUGGUGCCGGGGACAGAAAAGAAAAAUCCUUUAGCCGACCCACAACGAGUUGUAAAAAUGUAUAACAGAUCUGCUGCUGGAAAAUUUAUGACAAACGAAAAUUACCUACGACCACCAGAAGUCCUUUUGAAAACCGUCAAUUAUUUACUUGAAAAGGUGAUUCAAGAUGAAAGAUAUUCUUGGUUGAUGAAAUAUGAUUUUAUAGCUGAUAGAUUAAGAGCUAUCAGACAAGAUAUGAUCAUACAGAAUAUUUCUCGAGCAUAUGCAAUAACUUUAUUGGAGCCUAUGGUUAGGUUUCAUGCAUACGCUGCAUAUAAACUAUGUGAAGAAGACAUAAAUAGAUUUGAUCCACACCUGAAUAAAAAAACACUUCAGGAGUGCUUGAAUAACCUAUUAAUUUUGUAUGACCAUACAUCAGAAGAAUAUGAUGAGGGAUUUAGAAAGCACAUAAAUUCAUCAAGACCAUUUUUUGAAGCUCUUAAUAUCGCCUUGAACUUAGGUAAUGAGGAAACUCUCUUCAGAAUGAUCUGUUUACAAAAAAAGUGGAGUUCCCCAUUUGUUAAAAUUGUUACUUUAAUGGCUGUGAACUAUAUGAGGAACAAUUACGUGAAAGUAUGUAGAUAUAUUUUAGAUUUAACACCGUUACUUGCAAGUGUAGCCAUAUUAAACCUGCCAAUCAUCAGAAGGAGAGCACUGCAAAUUAUGUCUGUUGCUUAUACCAGUAAAAACCAAACAUUUCCAUCAAAAGAUCUGAAAGAACUAUUGAUUUACGAAUCAGAAAAUGAUCUCCAGAAAGAUUGUAAAUACUAUGGCCUAGAUAUGAAUGAAAAAUGUAUUUGUUUUAAUAAGAAUUCUUUCAAGAACUCCAUGGAUGAAAUUCCACCUACAAAAGUUUCCUUUUUAGAAGACAUUUUCGAGAAAAUAGAUGAAUCUUCAAUGCUAAUGUUUGGAGAAGACCCUACUGUUGAUUUAGUCAAGAAAAUGACUAAGAUUGAUAUAUAUUAGGCUGUGAUUUUAUAAUAUUAUUUUUUUUUGUAAUGAAUAUUUAGUUGUUUUAUAUCUUAAAUAUACAAAUUUCCUCAAAGAAAUCUUAUUCUAUGUACAUUUUUUUAUUACAUACAAAUUUUAAAGACA